CCGAAUCACUAGGCGCUACUCGCUCCUCAUCCAUUCGUGUCAGAAGAAGGCGGCCCCAAAAUUCCUUCAGCCGCAGCAGCGAAGCAUGGCAAUGGCGCUCUCCUGCUGCAUGCUCGGCGCCGCCCGGACGGCGGCCUCCCCUUCCCUCCCCGCCUCCGCCGCCCUCCUCCGGCGGCGCCACCGCUCGCUGGAGGUUGCCGUGGGUCCAUUCCCGCACGCCCAGCGGUGGCGCCGCGGCCUCCGCUUCCGCUGCGCCUCGUCCCCUUCCUCGUCGCCCCCGCCGCCGCCGGCGGUGCCCCCCGAGGAGAUCGACGACUACGAGCUUCUGGACACAACAGGGAAUUGUGACCCUUUAUGCUCACUUGAUGAUGUUAGCUCACAGUACUUUGAAGCUAACUACAAACCAAAAGAUGAUCUUCUGAAAGCUUUGACUAUCUUUGCAACAGCAUUGGCUGGGGCAGCUGCAAUAAAUCAUUCCUGGGUUGCUGCUAAUCAGGACAUCGCAAUGGUACUGGUUUUUGCUCUUGGCUAUGCAGGUAUCAUUUUUGAAGAGUCACUGGCAUUUAACAAAAGUGGAGUCGGAAUAUUGAUGGCUGUCUGCCUAUGGGUUGUCAGAAGCAUUGGGGCUCCCUCGGUUGAUGUAGCUGUUGAAGAGUUAAGUCACACAACUGCUGAAGUCAGUGAAAUAGUAUUUUUCUUGCUUGGUGCAAUGACCAUUGUGGAGAUUGUUGAUGCUCAUCAAGGUUUCAAGUUGGUGACUGAUAAUAUAUCUACUCGAAGCCCUAAAACUCUUCUGUGGGUGAUUGGUAUAGUAACUUUCUUCCUGAGUGCGAUCCUUGACAACUUGACGUCCACUAUUGUGAUGGUGUCAUUGCUUCGGAAAUUAGUACCUCCAUCAGAAUAUAGAAAGUUGUUAGGUGGUGUUGUUGUAAUAGCAGCGAAUGCUGGCGGUGCAUGGACACCAAUUGGUGAUGUGACAACCACUAUGUUGUGGAUUCAUGGUCAGGUUACAACAUUGAAAAUAAUGCAGGGCUUGUUUAUUCCCUCAGUUGUUUCAUUGGCAGUCCCACUGGCUCUGAUGUCCCUCACCAGUGAAGCGAAUGGAACAUCUCAGAAAUCUUCCAGCAUGCUGUCAUCAGAGCAGAUGGCUCCUCGGGGACAACUCGUAUUGGCUGUAGGACUUGGAGCUUUAGUGUCUGUCCCAGUCUUUAAAGCUCUCACCGGUCUGCCACCUUUCAUGGGUAUGCUGCUUGGUCUUGGGAUUCUCUGGAUCCUGACGGAUGCAAUACAUUUUGGAGACUCUGAGAGGCAGCGACUAAAAGUUCCGCAGGCCCUGUCACGGAUUGAUACACAAGGAAUUUUAUUCUUCUUAGGUAUCCUUUUAUCAGUUGGCAGCCUGGAAUCUGCUGGGAUCUUGAGGCAGUUAGCGAAUUAUCUUGAUGCCAAUAUUCCAAAUGGUGAUCUUAUUGCUAGUGCAAUUGGUGUGGCAUCAGCAGUUAUAGACAACGUUCCACUUGUUGCUGCAACGAUGGGAAUGUAUGACCUGACUUCAUAUCCUCAAGAUUCGGACUUCUGGCAGCUUAUUGCAUUCUGUGCUGGUACUGGAGGUUCAAUGCUUAUCAUUGGCUCUGCAGCAGGAGUUGCUUUUAUGGGAAUCGAAAAGGUGGAUUUCUUUUGGUAUUUUCGCAAGGUGAGCGGUUUUGCUCUUGCAGGUUAUGCAGCAGGUAUAAUCUCAUAUCUAGCUGCUCAAAAUCUCCAUCUAACUCUUCCCACAUCACUGGCCGAGAUCCCAUUUAUUCCUGGCUCAUAAAAGGUUGGUCUUUGUACUCUUGUAAGCAUGAUCUCGCCUUACAUAUGGAGAAAGUAUCAUUAAUACUGUCUUCCAUAUCGUAUGUAAGCUCUGAUGUGUUAUACUAGCAGAUUAGAAAUGUUGGGUUAUUGCAGAAGCAAGCUUAUUAGUCAUUUUCAAAAGAAAACAAAUUGUGUCCCUUGUAUGCUACUAAGAACAUGCAGGCUCGUUUAGUCAUUUUCGAAAGGAAAAAAAAUGUGACUUACCUUGAUGCCA